UCCCCACAAAGCAAAAGAGCGAGGUGGCCAAGGUCACUUGGCACAUGGUCAACAGAUUGGAAUUGCAAUCGGGGAAGAAGCUCAAGUCGGUGCGGACGGAUCGGGGCGAGAAAUACGUCAACAAGGCCCUUGAAGAUGUACGUUUUCGGGAGCAAGGGGACGCGUGUCCUCGUGCGCGCGCGGUCGAGGAGUGGUACCGCGCUAACUUAGCGGCGGAACGGAAAGCGGGGAAGCACCCCAAAAAGACGUGGAAGCAUCCAAAACCGCUGACUUAUCAGAAAACCGUAGAGGGAGAAGAGAGUGAACUAUGGCGGAAGUCAAUGGACGAGGAGAUACGGACUUUGUUGGAAAACGGGACCUGGGAGCUCGUUGAAAAACCGGAAGGGGUAAAGGCGGUUCCCAUGAAGUGGGUUUACAAGAUAAAGCGGGACGCUCUCGGAAAUGUGGAGCGGUACAAGUCCCGGUCGGUGGCGAAAGGGUACCUGCAAAAGCAGGGAAUUGACUUUGAGGAAGUCUACGCCCCAGCGCCGCGUGCAUGGCACAUGCGCCUGAAGGAGGAGCUCGGGAACUUUGAAUUUGUGGCGUCAAUGGCGGACGCGGCGCUCUUCAUGGAAGUAGUAGCCGGGGAGCGGGUCUACCUAGUGGUGUGGGUGGACGACAUCCUAGUGGCGGCUCGGGGAGCGGACCGCAUUGCCAAAGUAAAGGCGCAUUUGGGGAAGAAGUUCGAUGUGCGCGACUGGGGGAAGGCGAAAUACUUCCUCGGCAUGGAGCUGACGCGCAAUAGGGAGGCGAGAACUUUGAAGCUAAUCCAGAAGAAGCUGAAGGGGGAGCUUGUUGGACGGUACGGACUAGCGAGCGCUUGGGCGCGCUCGGUCCCUCUCGAAACGGGGGACAAAUCAACCAAAGAAGGUGAACCCCUCGAGACAAAGCGGUUUCCCAACAGUGAGUGCGUGGGGAGCUUGUUGUACUUGAGUGUGUGCACUCGACCCGACAUUGCACAGGCAGUUGGCGCGCUUGCGCGCUUUAUGGCGGGGCCGACGGAGGAGCAGUGGCGGGCGGCGCUUGGAGUUGUGCGCUACCUAGCGGGUACGGCAGAGGACGGGGUAACCUUUGGGGGGAGUGGAGCAGAGAGACUCUCAUCGCUUAUUGCGACGCGGAUUAUGCGGGUGACGUGUUGUACGGUAUAG